AUGUCGUCAAGCCAAAUGCAAGAGAUCAUGGAGAUGCCCCGCGAGUUUGUCAAGGACGGCACCCAAUUCAUCAACCGCUGCACAUCUGACCCUUUGCUCUGCACAGUANAGCCCGACAAGCGCGAAUUCCUCAAGAUCAGCCAGGCCGUCGGUGUCGGUUUCCUGGUCAUGGGCGUUAUCGGUUACAUCGUCAAGUUGAGUACGUUACUUUCGCUCUCUGCUAUACUUUGUGAGAGGCAAGAGUUGAUAAGAAGAUAUANNGUUCACAUCCCCGUCAACAACAUUCUCGUCGGUGGCGCAUAA